AUGAGUUAUUCUAUAAUGUAAAUACUGAGUUUGUUCUAAGAGAAUGAAGAACAAAAUCUUCACAAUAUAGGUUGCCCAUGUGAUUCGGAACCUAGGACUCCUGCUUUUAAAGAUGAAAAAGAGUAACUCAUUAGGCAAAUCAAUGAAGUUAGACAAUAAAACUAAAUUCUUUAAAAUGAAUAUUAAAAGUAAAUCCUGAUUUUAAGUGAAAAACUAGCUUAAACCCAAACUUUAUCCAGCCAAAUCGAGAAAAAUAAAGAGCAAUUGAAAAAUGAGUUAAAUUAAAGUUAACAUCUAACUAAAUAAUACCUGCUAAAGCACGAAGCUUGCUUCGAAAUGAAACAAAGAAUAUUACAAUAAAAGACAACAACUAAGAUUAUAUAUGAAGAUGCUGGAAAAAGAAUAACAACCUGUCCAAGUGAAACAUCAACUGUACAAAGCCCUUCUUUUGUAAUACCAUCCUCCCCAAAACCAAUCGGACUCUGCUAUAGUUCAUUCAAUCAAAAUUUUUGA